CAUGUGUGGCGUGGCCGUAUCUUAUACAGGUGUGCUCCACAAAACCUCGUCGCGGGUCUGGAUUCUGGACCACCCACCGAACCGCCCGCCGGCGAUAGCAGCCGCCGCCAAUGGCCGCCGUCUCGACGGCCCAAAUCCCCCCAUUCCUCACCACCCCCAUUUUCCAGUCCUCGCUUCUCUUCCUGCCCACAGCACGGCGGCCCCCAACCUCGCCGGCCUACGCCGACCGCCCUGCUCUUGCGGUCGCGUGUCCUCGCCCCGGUGGAACCCACAGGACUCAGGCUGCCCAGCUCGUUCUCCCUGCCUGUGCUGCCGCUUCGUACUCCUCGGCGAGCGCGGCAGAAGGUACUUAUGCUUUUGAAGGGGAUGAAGGCAUGUCUGACCCGGAGCUGAGGCUGGUGCUGGAGCUUGCCACCGACGACGAGCUGCUGGAACUGGAGGAGAUCCUCUAUGGUACCAGCUAUUUCAGCCCAGUGCUAAAAUCAAUUGGAAAAAGGCCGAAUACCGUUUCUAUUGUUGCUUUGGAUGAUAUCGAGGAGAGAGAUCUUUUCAUCUCAAAAUUGGAGUCGAGGUUCUUGUAUCUUGCUGCAGAUGCACGCUCAGUUCUAAGGGGCUGGAGGCCAUCAUACAGGAAUGUCUUACUUCAAGUAAGAAGAGAACUUGGUGUUCAAUGCUCCAGUAAAUUAUGUAGUGCAGACCUGGAGGCAGAAAUAUUUCUACACCUCCUGGAUGAAUAUUCGAGCCGUCAGAAAGGAUCAUUUUCAUUUCCAUGGGAUAAACAGAAAUCUCCAAAAGAAAACCCUAGCAUUGAAGUAAACAACUGGAAGGUGCUUAGUGACACUGCUUGGAGGAUUGGAGCAAAGGGACUAGAAAGUACAUUCUUGAAGGGUGGCAGUGCAUUGACUGUGAAAACAAUCUAUGAAUCGUUAGCCAAGAGACUAUCUGGAAAACUGCUGAUGGAGACAGCUAAUUAUGAGAUUAAGAAAGAACUUGUUAAGCAGGGUGGCCGAUUAGCUGCUGUUAACCUUGAAUCCAGAGCUGGCUUGCUUGCAGCUAGGCAGGGUUUGGCUCGUGCAGCAUCUAGAUAUGUUGGCCUUAGGAGUUUCAUGAGUUUACUUGGACCAAUAAUGUGGGGCACACUCUUGGCUGAUAUUGUGAUCCAAAUGCUCGGGACAGAUUAUGCUAGGAUUGUGCAGGCAAUCUACGCUUUUGCUCAGAUUCGGCUCACUCGGUCGUGUUACCUAGAAUCUCAUGAAGACUGACAAGAGCACAAUCAUUACCGGACAAGCCUAACUGAGCACUCUGAUCUUGUCCACCAUUACAGCUCCAUAGUGUACAUUCUGAUCGCGCAGAUCGUUUCUGGCCGCAUUACUUCACGAAGCUCUGCACCUCUGGGUAGUGCAUAGAUAACAGAGCAAUUGGCAGAUGGUAGGUAGCAAGGGCAGAGAAGAACAGCAACAGUUCAGCCCUUCAAAUUCAGAUGCGAGAAUUUGAUUGUAAAGCCUAGGAAAAACAGCAUAGUGUCAGGAUUGAAACUGUGUAUUAGUAGUACUAGUAGUACUUGACAAAUAGCUCACGAUAGACAUUUGGGCCACCUACUCUCCGAAGGCGGUAGUUGCGGAUGAAUAUACAUCGACUUCACACUUCCACGGGGUCCGAAGUUGUAGAACAUGCAUUCCAUUCUGUCCCGGUUAAACAAUGUAAAAUAACGGCUCCCCUCGUCUUAAA